UUCUAGAUUGUCUUAUCCUCCAGGAGUAUUGCCUCCAGCACUGGCCAUGUCCAAAAACCGGAUCACCUUUUAUGAGGGCAAGAAUUUCCAAGGCCGCCGCUAUGAGUCUGACAGGGACUGCUUGGAUUUCCACACUGACCUGAGCCGUUGCAAUUCCAUCCGUGUGGAAGGGGGAGCCUGGGUGGUUUAUGAGAGGCCAAACUUCGCAGGGAAUAUGUAUGUGCUGACUCAUGGGGAUUAUCCCGAGUACCAACGCUGGAUGGGCCUAAAUGACCGUCUCAGCUCAUGCAAAUUCAUUCAAUUAUCCAGUGGAGGCAAAUACCAGAUCCAGUUCUGGGAGAAGGGUGAUUUUGGUGGCCAGAUGUAUGACUACACAGAUGAUUGCCCUUCUGUCAUGGAGCAGUUUCAUUUCCGGGAAAUCCACUCUUGCAAAGUCCUGGAUGGGGCCUGGGUUUUCUAUGAGCACCCCAACUACCGUGGCCGGCAGUAUUUCUUGGAGAGAGGAGAGUACAGCAAACCCAUGGAGUGGGGAGCUGCAUCCCCAGUGGUCCAGUCCUUCCGCCGUGUUGCUGAGUAAUAAGCAGCAAGAAGUCUGAAACCAAAGUCACAGCUGUCUUAAUGCCAUCAAUAAAGCACUAGUGGGCCUGA